CCAGGAGAAAGUAAAAGGUAAAAUAGUAAAGUAAAGCUGAGUAAAAUACAACUGACUCCCCCAAAAGAAACCAGAAUUCGAAACGACCACGUGAUACUGUUGAACUCGUUUGUCAUCGGUCACGUGAUCCCGGAAGUUGUCGGAUCCUCGGUGGCACACACAACAUCACCACGUCCUAUUAGGUUUCUUGGAAGUGAAAUGAAAAGGAGCACAAGCGAAACUUGACAUGCCGUCAAAACCAACAUCCUGAGGAAUAAAUCAGCCUGUGCUAGACCAACGUGCCGGGAAACGCUGGUUUCUGUCUCCGACGUUUCGUGGACUAUGCACUACCACAGCCACGUCUGUGCUUUUUUGCUGGGUUCAUGCUUAUUUGGGUGUUUUCCCCACGUGUUUAACUGCAAACAAGAGCCAGAAACUCCUGACUGGAGGAUGACUCUGAAAACUAUCCGUAAUGGAAUACACAAAAUUGACACCUAUCUGAACGCAGCACUGGAUUUGUUUGGUGGCGAUGACGGGCUGUGUCAUUACAGGUGCAGUGAUGGUUACAAGCCGGUGCCUCGUCCUGGCUACAAGCAUCCGCCACCCAACGGGUGUGGGUCCCCAUUGUUUGGUUUUCAGUUUGACAUAGGCAUCCCAUCCAUGACUAAAUGCUGUAACCAGCAUGAUCGCUGCUAUGACACUUGCGGCCUUGAGAAGCACGACUGUGAUGAACAGUUCCAGGAUUGUCUUGAGACCAUCUGCAGGAAUGUCCAAAGAACUCUGGGAUUGGCCCAAAGUGUUCAAGCCUGUAAAUCAGCGGUGACGCUGUUGUUUGAUGCUGUUAUGCACUUGGGAUGUAAGCCAUACUUGGACAGCCAGAGAGAGUCCUGUGUGUGCCAGUAUGAAGUGAAGAAGGAACUGUGAUACAGAACCAAGACUGUAAAAUGAGGCUGAUUCACAAGCACAACUCUGGCAGCAUGACUCCAGAGAUACACUUUUUUCAGACUUAUAGCUUUUCUCAGGGAUAUAGAGUGUCUUGGCCCUCUCACCUCCCUUUAGUGACAAUUUGAAUUGCACACUUCUCUUAGACAAGUGGAUGUGAAUUAACCUUAGUGUGACAAGAGUUAGUGGACAAUUAAUAUCUUUCCUAGACUAAUUAUUUAUAUUUUGUCAAUACUGUGUAACAUGUUUCUUCUGUGAUGGGCUGGAAAGAGGGUAUUCAGGUUUUCACUGGGAUUUGGUUGUUUGGGUGGGACCCAGUUAACAGUGCUUUAUUUUAUGGGCACUGCAAAUUCAUAAUUGUUUUCUGAAAAGAUCUUCACAAAUUUGCACUAAUUAUGGGUACACAUGGAGUGGAAUUCUUCCAGUUGAAUGCUAAACUUGUAUUUUAGCCAGUGUACAGCAGGUCUGCUGAAUAUGCUGCAAGGUGCGAUUUGUCUAUUGACUGGCAAUAAGAACACAAACAUAUAUAAAAAUGUAUAUUUCCAAUAAUAAAUUAAUGAUAAUAUUUUCGGCUCUAUGGCCUGUAUAAGCAAACUAUACUGCCCAGACCCAAACAGAAGCAUGUGGUAAAUAAGUAAAGGAUGUACAUUUUUAUAGUAACAAACAUUUUAUAACAUUUGUAAAAUAUCACAUGGAAAGGAGUGUACUUGUGGACUCUAUGAAAUUACAACACUGUUGAGAAAACCUGUUUUGAACUGUCAUAAAAACAUAGAAAUAGAGGAAAAGGUUUAAAUUUAUACCUGUAAUUCAGUGAGACGGUGCACAUUUUUGGAUAAACUGUUACUGUGAUUAGCUGAUUAGUCGAUCAACAGAAGAAUAAUUUGUAACGGUUUUGAUAAAUUGUCUGUUAUUUUUAAGGCAGCUCUAGUUGCCUAAAAAACAAAACAAGUUAUUUUUUGAUUAGUUUAUCAAGUGUGAGGAUUUGCAACUGAAUCACUUUGGAGUUUGAACUGUUGGUUGGAUAAGACAUUUUAAGAUGUCACCUUUGGCUCUGAAAAGUUGUGAAGGGCAUUUUUUGUAAUUAUUUGUUGAUUCAUAGAC